AACAUAAUCAUACGAUCAAUGCGAUAGAUCAUAGAAGUAGACGUGUCUCCCAACCUUGGACCAAAAUGCACAACUUCUACCACAAGCACGAAAUAGAUACUUAACCAUAGAUACUAAACCACAUCAAAGAUACGUCCCAUGCUUUCAUCUCCUAUAAUUACCUAUUCUUCUUCUUCACAUAUUAAGUAUUCUGAUUAUAGCACAUUAGAUAACCAUCAAAAAGAUGAGUUCCAUGCUGUCAUCUGGUUCUUCGGAGAACCGUCUAGGCUUCGAGGAGCGACGUCGCGAGUUCAAGAAAGGGCAAGAUGAGGGUGAAAUUCGCAGAAAGCGUGAAGAUGACGAAGUUCAACUCCGAAAGUCAGAGAAGUUAUGAUACAUAGGUAUGUUGACGAAUCGCAAUAGAGUCUAUUCAAUAAACCUGUUUGGGAGUUGAUUGGAACAACCUUGUUACUCCUAUCCUUCCUUUUCAUCUACCAGAGGUAGAAGAGUGGUAGAUGACAGCUAGAACUGGAACUAGAACGACUCCGAAAGAAGUCAGAGAACAGGUUGACUACAGUCCUAGUUCUUAAAGGAUGUAUAGUCAUUUUUCACAGGAUUUCUAGAAGGCCGUAGAGGUUUCGAGUGCGUUUUCUGAAAAUCCAUGAUGAUGCUGCAUCUUCUUGCCCAUGUCUGUUUUCUGAAGAAGGCUGAACGACCUCCAAUCUCCUUGACCAUGUAGUUGUAUCCGAGGUAACAUGACAUGGCAUCUUCUAAUCACUGCAGACUUGCUGGCCAAGAAACGCCAACACUUGGUUACCGGGAAUGAAGCAGACUCAACGACGUCCGGCGCGGGCGCGACUUCCAUUAUGGCUUUGAUGAUAUGAGACUCUAGUAUAUGAGACUCAGAGUCAGAAGUCAAGCAGACGCUACAGUAUCUGCCAUCGACUGCACUAGUCUUGGUACUAUUCCACUGAGCAACCUACUUAGAUCUAGAAGUCCUACAUCAGGAAGGUAGUUUCUUCUAGUGAGGUAAAAGUACAAUCAUUGUCACAGUCUUCGUGCUACUUCUUCGUACAGACACAACAAAGACAGCAGUACACCUGCCUCCAGAAGAUUCUACUUUUACCCGUCUAUCGUGUUUCUAGUUUGUCUAGCAAGGUCGUACAAGGUCCAUCAUCGUCACAGUGAUCAAUCUAUGCACCAUCAAGAUGUUUUUAGUUUAUGUAGAAGCUCUAAUUCUCCCGGUGACGUGAUGGGUCUGCCCACGCCAUCCUCGUCUAGCUCCUCCUCUAGCAUCCGAGAUAUCUCGAAGGACACACCAAUAAGCGAACUGGCGGAGAUCGUUAUGAAAGGAAAUAAAAAUGUACUCUCAUCUACAUAGUUUCCUCAAGAAAAGAGGCAGUUUCCAACUGACGAGUACUAGUCUACUAUUUUUACUAGUUGUACUUAUAGCAGGACCACUUUCCAAGUUCUUUCUUACGUAUGGGCAACUUGUUCCUGCUACGUGGAACGUGCUUAGUUUCUUAAGUGUAAGCACUACGUUCUCGUUCUAUCCUUUCAUGAUCUUCUUGUCGGACAAGGUAUCGGAUGAGGGUCUGCUGGCACCAGUUACGGAGAUACGGAAACGGUUGAGUCGAACCGACAAUCCACCGAUCAAUGGAGUCAUUCAGUGCGGUAAUCAUAUUGAGCUCGGUGACUAAAAAAUGCUUUCUACUCCGUCUGACCACCUAGACCAUCAGAUGAGUCGGUGUCGUCGUGCAACUACUAAAAAAAAACCAUCUUCAAGAAAACUGGCCAUACCCCCUGAAGUUGUUGUUGCAGUCAAUGAAGAUGAGACAGAAAAAGGACACAUGAUUUUUAAAUCGUGUCGUCGCUAUGACUACAUCGACCCCUUCAACAUCAGGUAUAGUCCCUCGCAUGAUUUCGAUCAUGGCAUCGACGACGAGUCACAGCCUGAAAUUCGAACUCGCAUGGGCCUUGACCAACGUCGCGAGCGGAAACUGUGAUCAAACAAGAGCAGUGGUGGAUGCAGGAGGACUACAGGCUUUUCUUACGGCUGCGCAGUUCGGAAAGUCCUUCAGCAUCCUGAAUUACUGCACCUUCGGCUCGUGCUUUAAAAUAAAUGGACCUUCAAAGCUAGCUUUAAAGGGCGUUCAUGACCAAAACGGCGAACGAUAAGACAUCUUUAUCCUGUUUUGGAUGGUUUUAUGGGCCGCGAGUGAAAAGACCCAAUACAAAGCUUCGCAUUUUCUGUUGUAAUGUCUCGGCCUCUGUAGGCGCGAGACGGCUUCUGUUUUUCUUUUUAAGACAUACAGCACAUAGAAGAUAGCAUUCCCGAUACCUCUAACAUAACCAUAGAUAUAAGUAUAAAGUAACUUACUUAUGCUGUACUUCUCACAUGAAAUAGAAACAGUUGCAUCACAUCAAGCAAGAGGAUAAUUUGUUACCUUAUAAUAUGUGCGGACAUCAAGCAGUGGUGGAUGCAGGAGGACUUAUUUGUACUACUUCUUCAAAGCCUUGAUUUAUCGCACGUUGGAAGACAUACAGCACAUAGAAGAUAGCAUUCCCAAUUAACUUUAAAAAUUGGAAGACAUACAGCACAUAGAUAGCAUUCCCAAUUAACUUUAAUAUUAAUAAUACCAUUUACCAUAAUUAUGCUUAUGGGUCGUGUACUAGGGUAUUCAUCAAACAAGAGCAGUGGUGGAUGCAGGAGGACAUAGAAACAAUUGCAUCACAUCAAACAAGAGGAUUUGUUACCUUAUAUGUGCGGACAUCGUUCCGCCGCCCAUAAAGUUAGACAUCACGGGGAGGUUUUGAUUUAUCGGAACUCGCUCGCACUACAAGAAAAAGCUUGUGUGGGAAAUCUGAAUUGAACCCCCUUUGGUGAAUCGUCGAUGAUGAAUAUUGUUCUCAUAACUUAGUAGUUCCUCCUCAGCGCCGUUCUCCGCACUCUUCCUCCACUUUCUACUUGUAUUUUCUUCCUCUAACCUCUUCGGAAUCCUGAAUAGUCGUUCAGCCUUGAAAGCACAGUUGUGUGAGCAGUGCGUUUGGGCCUUAGGAAACAUAGCUGGCGAUGGACCGGAACUCAGAGACGUCUUAUUGCGGGAGAAUGUUUAUGGCACCUCAGAGAACACCGAGGUUGCUUACGUAGGGUUAGCAAGGACAAUGCAAUGGGUAGAUGUCCUCUUUGAGGUUGUAGUCCACUUUGAAGUUGUAGUGAUGUCAGUGUGGAUGUCCUUCUGGAGAAUGACAAGCAAUAACAGUAAUGAUUAUUAGCUCUGGAGCACUGGAGCAGUUGCAGUCUGGAGAUGUUUCAUUAAUUUAGUAGUAGUAGUACAACAGAGAUGUCUUAUUGCGGGAGAAUGUUUAAUAUGGCACCUGUUGCAUAAGUUUAAUUUUCGCCUUUCUAGACGUAAGUUUGUUACUGGCUCUUCAGCAGCCACUCAUGUCUGCCAGUUUCCUGGUAGGCCCACACCUAACCUACCCUACCCUAACCUAAGGCAGACCAUGACCGCUGUAUGAUCUUUUGUCCUCUAACCCUCCAUGCGCAUCCUUCAGAACAUCUGCACAGCGGUAACCUCACUCCCUUGGUCAUCAAAAGAAGCGGCUGACGUGCUGCGGAACGUUAUGUGGUUGAUGAGCAACCUCUGUCGGGGCAGGGUAUUUUUAAUACAAAAUAUGAGGCAUUCCCUCUGCGUUUUCUAUCCAAUCAGCGUUUUCUAGAUGUCAUCUUUUUUCAUGAAGAAAAUUUACCUAAUUCCUAAGAACCAUCUCGUCCUAGUUCAAGUUCAUUCGAAAUGAAAUUGAAGUCGAUUAUGGAGGUAAUAUUUGUAACUUAACCCAUCCCAUCCCACUUUCGUCCAGCCUCCAGCUCCUUUCGAGGUUGUAAAGCCAGCGUUUGAGGUUUUCGCGGAGGUGGUCGGACGAAAUAUGGAUAAAGACAUGACUGUAGACUCCAUGUGGGGUCUGUCGUACCUGACUAAUACCGGCAACGCCGAAGACGAUAACCGUCGAUGUCUGCAAAUGCUUCUUUUAAGGACGAUUGCCAGUCGUGUAAGAGUAAUUGAUGACCUACUUAUUUAUUCUUAUUUAGAUUUAGCAGGAUAUGCAUCGGUACCGGUCGCCAUGCCAUGUAUGACCGGGAGGUCGUCAGGGGAAACUGAUUGGUAUCUAAAAGGAUGUUUAUCGGGACCCGGCGUGUAGUAUGACCAGGAGGUCGUCGUCAAGUUGGAUCCCCUAACUCUUGUAAGCCAAAACUCCACGAUAGAGAUAGACGAACACUCACCAAACUUGUUGGUGAAAUGUCUGCUGAACAUCCUCCGCUAUGGUGCAGCUGCUGGUACGGCGACCGACGAUGGGCCUGUGAAGUCAUUGGAUGACCAGGAGUUGCAUAAAGACGAUAAUUUAAUGCAAACACCAGCAUUGAGGAUAUUGGGUAGAUUAACUAUUAUGUUUAUGUAUCCUGGAUUCCAUGAUAUGCAUAUAAUAUUAUUGCAUGGAGUUCUACAAUGUAUGCCCAUUUUUAUCUGCUUUCGUCUUCAAAGCCUUGAUUUAUCGCACGUCAAGAACAUCACUCAUCUUAAAAAUAUGUCCACAAAAUACGUCCUCUACUGUGUUGAACAUGCUUCAAUUUCCCUUCGCCCGUGCCAUCUUGUCAUCUUCUACUACGUCCCAAUGGUGUCCAUCUUCCAUGCAAAAAAUGCAACCAAAUGAUCCAAAGGCAACAUCGUCUCGGCUUCCGACUCGCAGCUCACUUCCGUCUGCAUAGCUUCAGGCAUCAUUGGAGGCCUCGUUUUCGUCAUCACCAAACUUCCUCCAGCACGCACUGCAGCUAAGCUUCGGAAGGAAGCAGUGUGGAUUCUGAGCAACAUUGCAGCAGGAACGAAAGAGCAAAUCCGGAGACUCUUUGAUCCGGUCGAAGACGUCCUGUCACCAGCACGACCAGCAACCAGUAGUGGGGAUUUAGACAUAGAGGCGGGCGGAAUGAUGGUUAUGACAACCUUUCUCAAACUCGAUGAAUGAACGCGAUUCCUUUUGUCACGGACGUGCUGGACAAAGGCCGCCUUUUAAAUGAAGAUCUGCAACUGAAUUACUGAUAACAACGGUUGUACCUGUUGAGCACCAGCUUCAGAGGCUCGUGGUCUCCUACUUGUUUUUACGUCUCCUUUUGUCGUGUUUCUUCCCUUCCGAUUUAGUUUUAGGCUCUAACCCCCUGAACGGCGGAGAUGACGAGGAGAGCAGUGUCCCAGUUAAACCGAGGACAAGAGACACCUUCGACGUCUUGAUGAAAGAGUUAAGGACUGCGACAACUCGGCCAAUCAAAGCGGAGUGCGCUUGGGCAUUUGCGAAUGCGGUACCUAGUGCUGUAAUUGUUGUGAAGGUCUGCUCUUCUCUUACAUUCAUGUAAGACUCCUUCAUCCACUUUUAUUCUCGUUCUCCACCCUUCAUUUUCCUCUACUUGGAAACGUUCUCCCUUCAUCUUCCCUCCACUUAGGAAUUGAAAUAACCUCCAUAAGACAAUCAUCCACACAGAUUUCGGUCCAUGGGGAGUUCAUCGACUAUUUGGUCGUCAAGAAACGAGUUUUCGAAGCUUUUGCGGAACGCAUUCAGGAAGAGAAUGAUGUCAAACUCAUCAACAUCUUGCUUGAUGCCAUUAUCAAUGCCUUAAAGUAUAGCGAUAGCACAAACCGCAACUACCUUACACUUGCGGAAGAGACGGGGUUACAUAAAGUUAAGUAGACACACUUAGUUGCAGAUGCAGAUGAAGAAAGUGCGGUAAGUAGUGCUUGUCAACACAAUGAAUUUUCAUAGACACUAUUCGAAGUAGAUGAAGUUAGCCACCUCAACUCGAAUGAUCCCUCUAAUAGUCCCUCUACUCCUCACACCCUCUCACUCUUCUAACUCCCCUCUCCAUCGCGUUGUGAACGAUUUCAGUGCUGCACAAGGAGAUGCGGGUGCGGUGUGUAAGAAAGCCUCUGACAUCCUAGAUCGAUGGUGGUCCGCAGAAGAUGAUUUGAAACUUGUUAUGAAAGAUAUUCAUAAUAUCCCUAACCCUUACUAGAUGACAUCCUCAACGUCGAGAUGCUUUUUUGUCUACAUCAUAGCAUAAAUAGCAUAUUAGUCAUAGUGGAAAAAUGACAACAAGUAGUAUUUCUGUUGCUCUAUUCAAGAGAACAAUAUUAAACCAGAUUAUUCUUGCUUAGUUCUCUCAGAAUCUCCUUGUCACCGUACUAGUUCGUCGUUCAAUAUUUAUGGAUACGUUGGUUCCCCUUUCAUACCCCAAGGCGAAGUAACGAAAGCAGCCAGCUUCCGUGUAGAUGGUGUAGAGGACGACGAUCUCGGAAGCUUCGGGUCAAACUGCAGAGCACAUUUUUCUUUUGGGGCUUGA